AUGGUUGAAAUUAUUCUAUCAUAUACUGGACAAAGAAAAGGAGAUAAUUUCUUUAGUUACUGGGUACUUACUAAAGAUAAUAUUUAUUUCUAUCGUAACCAAUCUGUUGUAAAUAAAGAAAAACCAUUAUCAACUAUUAAUAUUAAGUCAAUAACCAGUAAUAAUAUUAAACAAGAAACUUCAAAUAAAUUUCUUCUCCAAAUUAAUGAAUCAACAAGAACAACAGGAUUAUAUGGUGAUUAUAAUAUUCUUUCAUAUUGGCUUCAAGCAAUUAAUUUUGUUAUUCAAGAUUUAGUUCAAAAUAGACAAGAACUUGAAUUUUUAUUAUCAUCUCAAAUAGAAGCUCCAUUACAAUCUAAAACAUCACCAGUACAAACAAAAAAGGAAAUACCUUCUUUAAUGAAAUCUACUAGUAUUUCAAGAAAACCACCUCCCUCUAGUAUUUCAGAACAACAACAACAAAAAGAAAUUAUUCAACAUUCAAAUCAUAUUAGUAAUAAUGGAAAUAAACAAUUAAUAUUAGAUAAAUGUCCAACAGAAAAUUUAAAUCAAAAAGUAAUGAGACAAACAGUUUGUCUAGAAUUUAUGGAAAAUACAUUAGGAAAAAAAAUUAAAAUAUCAGAACUCAAAGAAGGAAAUUUAUUUGUAGAAUUAUUUGAAAAGUUAUCACAAACCAAAUUACAAAUAAAACCAAAUGCAAUUGAAAUUGUUGAUAAGAUACAUAAUAUUGGAACAGUUAUUGCUAAUACAGUUAAAUUAUGUAAAGUAAGUAUUCUUAUUGAUCCAGUGGAUAUUGUUAGAGGAAAUGAAACAGAAAUUGUUAAAUUUAUUAUGAUACUUUUUGAAUCUUUUAUAUUAAAUAAAGUAAAAGUACAAAAAAGUGAAGGAAUGGAAGGAUUAAUGAUGUGGGUUAAUGCAUUAUUAGAUGGAAGUGGAAUUGAAGUAGAAGAUUUUAAUUCAACAUUCCAAGAUGGAAGAGCAUUUGCUUAUAUUAUUAGUAAAAGAAGACCUGAUUUACUUGAUCCAAAAUAUCUUUCAAAUAGUUCAUCAAUUAAUUAUUCUUUUGUUACAAAAGCAUUAAAUAAAUGUAAAUGUAAAAUUAUUCCAGAAGAAGUAUAUAUGGAUGAUGCUGAUGAAAGUUCUGUAAUCAUGAUUUUAACAUCAAUGAUGAUUUGUCUUGGAUAA